CCCCUCCCCUCCGGCUGCGGGAAAAGCGGCUGCGGGCCGCGGCGCCCACUGUGGGGCGGGCGGAGCGCGGCGGGAGGCGGACGAGAUGCGAGCGCGGCCGCGGCCCCCGCCGCUCUGGGCGACUGUGCUGGCGCUGGGGAUGCUGGCGGGCGUCGGCGUCGGAGGACCCAACACCUGUACCACGCGAGGUGUGAGUUCCUGCCAGCAGUGUCUGGCUGUGAGUCCCAUGUGUGCCUGGUGCUCUGAUAAGGCCCUGCCUCUGGGCUCACCUCGCUGUGACCUGAAGGAGAAUCUGCUGAAGGAUAACUGUGCCCCGGAGUCCAUCGAGUUCCCAGUCAGUGAGGCCCGAGUACUAGAGGACAGGCCCCUCAGCGACAAGGGCUCUGGAGACAGCUCCCAGGUCACUCAAGUCAGUCCCCAGAGGAUUGCACUCCGGCUCCGGCCAGAUGAUUCAAAGAACUUCUCCAUCCAAGUGCGCCAAGUGGAGGAUUACCCUGUGGACAUCUACUACUUGAUGGACCUGUCUUACUCCAUGAAGGAUGAUCUGUCGAGCAUCCGGAACCUGGGUACCAAGCUGGCCACCCAGAUGCGAAAGCUCACCAGUAACCUGCGGAUUGGCUUUGGGGCAUUUGUGGACAAGCCCGUGUCACCAUACAUGUAUAUCUCCCCACCAGAGGCCCUCAAAAACCCCUGCUAUGAUAUGAAGACCACCUGUUUGCCCAUGUUUGGCUACAAACACGUGCUGACGCUAACUGACCAGGUGACCCGCUUCAAUGAGGAAGUGAGGAAGCAGAGUGUGUCACGGAACCGAGAUGCCCCAGAGGGUGGCUUUGAUGCCAUUAUGCAGGCUACAGUCUGUGAUGAAAAGAUUGGCUGGAGGAAUGAUGCCUCCCACUUGCUGGUGUUUACCACUGAUGCCAAGACUCACAUAGCACUGGAUGGAAGGCUGGCAGGCAUUGUCCAGCCCAAUGAUGGGCAGUGUCAUGUUGGUAGUGACAAUCAUUACUCUGCCUCCACUACCAUGGAUUAUCCCUCUCUGGGGCUGAUGACUGAGAAGCUAUCCCAGAAAAACAUCAAUCUGAUCUUUGCAGUGACUGAAAAUGUAGUCAAUCUCUAUCAGAACUAUAGUGAGCUCAUCCCAGGGACCACAGUAGGGGUUCUGUCCAUGGAUUCCAGCAAUGUCCUCCAGCUCAUUGUUGAUGCUUAUGGGAAAAUCCGCUCUAAAGUAGAGCUGGAAGUACGUGACCUUCCUGAUGAGUUGUCUCUGUCCUUCAAUGCCACCUGCCUCAACAAUGAGGUCAUCCCUGGCCUCAAGUCUUGUAUGGGACUCAAGAUUGGAGACACGGUGAGCUUCAGCAUUGAGGCCAAAGUGCGAGGCUGCCCCCAGGAGAAGGAGAAGUCCUUUACCAUCAAGCCUGUGGGCUUCAAGGACAGCCUGGUCGUCCAGGUCACCUUUGAUUGUGACUGUGCUUGUCAGGCACAAGCUGAACCUAAUAGCCGUCACUGCAACAAUGGCAGUGGGACCUUUGAGUGUGGGGUGUGUCGCUGCGACCCUGGCUGGCUGGGGUCCCAGUGUGAGUGCUCAGAGGAAGACUAUCGCCCUUCCCAGCAAGACGAGUGCAGCCCCCGGGAGGGCCAGCCUGUCUGUAGCCAGCGGGGCGAGUGCCUCUGUGGUCAGUGUGUCUGCCACAGCAGUGACUUUGGCAAGAUCACGGGCAAGUACUGCGAGUGUGAUGACUUCUCCUGUGUUCGCUACAAGGGGGAGAUGUGCUCAGGCCAUGGCCAGUGCAGCUGUGGGGACUGCCUGUGUGACUCCGACUGGACUGGCUACUACUGCAACUGUACCACGCGCACCGACACCUGCAUGUCCAGCAACGGGCUGCUGUGCAGCGGCCGCGGCAAGUGUGAAUGUGGCAGCUGUGUCUGUAUCCAGCCGGGCUCCUAUGGGGACACCUGUGAGAAGUGCCCCACCUGCCCAGAUGCCUGCACCUUUAAGAAAGAAUGUGUGGAGUGUAAGAAGUUUGACCGGGGAGCAUUACAUAAGAAAAAUACCUGCAACCGUUACUGCCGUGAUGAAAUCGAGUCAGUGAAAGAGCUUAAGGACACUGGCAAAGAUGCAGUGAAUUGUACCUAUAAGAACGAGGAUGACUGUGUUGUCAGAUUCCAGUACUAUGAAGACUCCAGUGGAAAGUCCAUCCUGUAUGUGGUAGAAGAGCCAGAGUGUCCCAAGGGCCCUGACAUCCUAGUUGUCCUGCUGUCAGUGAUGGGGGCCAUUCUGCUCAUCGGCCUUGCUGCUCUGCUCAUCUGGAAGCUCCUCAUCACUAUCCACGACCGAAAAGAGUUUGCUAAAUUUGAGGAAGAACGCGCCAGGGCAAAAUGGGACACAGCCAACAACCCACUGUAUAAAGAGGCCACAUCUACCUUCACCAAUAUCACCUACCGGGGCACUUAAUGAUAAGCAGUCGUCUUCAGAUCAUUAUCAGCCUGUGCCAGGAUUGCAGGAGUCUCUGCCAUCAUGUUUACAGAGGACAGUAUUUGUGGGGAGGGAUUUAGGGCUCAGAGAGUGGUGGGUUGGGAGAAUGUUGGUAUGUGGAAGUAUGGGUCUGUGUGUGUGGGGUGGGGAGUGUGUGUGUUGCAUGUGGGAGUGUGUAAUUUAAAAUUGUGAUAUGUUCUGAUAA